AAUCAGCUGUAAUCACGAGAUGCCAGUAUAUUUUACAUGUAAAAAAAAUUCAAUAUUUCUGAGAAUUAGUCAAACUUUUAAAAACAUCACGCAUCCGAAAACCCAAAAUGAGACCUUUCUAUUUAUUGAAGUUUAAAAGAUGAAAAUGUUGAUCUUAGUAAUCCUUGCAGACGUGGAUGUGAAUCCGAUGUUAUAUUAAAAAAAAUAGUUUUUAAUGGUAGCACUGUUUCUAAUAACCAGCUGAUUGAUAUAAUUAAGGUUAUACAAUUCCAACUGUUCAAAUACCAUUAGUAGUAUCGCAGCUAAAAUCUUGUAAGAUUAGGAAUGAAUGUCAAUACUUUCACAAAAUCAAUAUACGCUUUACGGCAAAAAUGGAUAAUGCCAUCAUUAUGGCGAUCGUAUGCGAAGCCAGUGCCCGCUGCAAUUGGAGGAAAAAAGAAGAAACUAGGAAAGCUUGGUCCAGUAAUAGAAAAAAAAGAAAUUCCAGUUGAGACCGAUGCUAAUAAACUAGUCAGUUAUGUUUGUGGAAGCAACAUCUUAAAAACCGGUCAGGAUAUUAAGCUUAAACCAGAUUCGGAAUAUCCUGACUGGCUGUGGUCUAUAAAUGUUGAUGGUAUAAUACCUGUAGAGGAAAUGGACCCAGAAACAAAGCAAUAUUGGCGACGUCUUCGGAAGCAGGGACUCCGACGGAACAAUCAACUUAGUAAAUUAAAAAAAUUUUAGUUUAGUACUUGUUUUUCAAUCGUAUAAGUUAUACAAAUUGGACAGAUAUUAAAUUUAUUAGCACUUUCGUAACAAA